ACUUUCCUAUGUGAUCGGGUGGAUCCCCUUGCUUCAUUUGUCAUGACUCUCAUAUUACACCGACCGGUGCGCGGCAUUGAAGGCGGACAUACACGCAGUGCCACUCUCUACCGUCAGGAUACACUGCCUUGACACUCUCGUGCCCUGAGAAAGGUUGAUGCAAGACGACAAAUACUGAGAAGAUCCUGAGCGACGCUUGUCAUUGGCCUUUCACGAACAUGAUGAGUGCCCCGCCAGUUACUUUACAUGUGACAAGUCAGCACAUCUGAUGGAUAAGUAAUAUAUCCGGUUGCUGAAGAAAGUCUGUGAUUAAAUAUAAAGAUGGCGGCUAGCAUUUCUUUUGGUCGUCAGCGCGAGAAGACGAUGUUCAUGCGCAGACGAUACCUAUUUGACAUCUACAUGCGCGAGGGGGAUGCGCACAUGAGGGACAAGAAGUACAGGAAGGCUGUAGAGAGUUACGACGCUGCCCUCCGACUCGAUGCCUCUAACCUGGCGGCGCAUGUGGGGAAGUCACAUUGUCACCUGCGUCUAGGUCACGUGAAGCUGGCGUUGGCGGACGUUGAGGGAGCACUGUCUAUUGAUAACGUCUACCCACCGGCGAUACUCCAAAAGGCCACCAUCUUCUAUACUCUCGGUAACUACGACAUGGCACUCCUGUUCUACCAUCGCGGUCACAAGGUCAGUCCCGAGAGCACCCAGUUCCAGGAGGGCAUCACGAGGUGCCGGCGCCACAUCACCGAGACUACUAAAGGCACGUCGAUGAAACUGACCGAGGCCGGAGACUUGACCUUGUACGUCCACAAGAAGAUGCGAAAGAUGGGCGGAGCUAGAAGGCAGAGUGACACGCCCACAGGACCCCCGUUAUCACGUCACAGCAGUGCAGGGAGGGCGAAGAAGAAGGAAGCUAACCCAUUACACAGAUUAGGUAGAAGACAACCAAUUAAAUUAUCCCGAAUUAAAAAAAGAGCCAAUCAAAACAGGUUGAACAAGUCAACGAAUCAGAGUCGGGCCUGGGGCGGGACGGUGUACUCGGAGCCUGACGAGAGGACGAUGAGGGAAAUCCUUGGCGAGCUGUAUGGCGACAGGGUCUAUCUGAGAGACUUCGUCCGCCAAACAGAUGAAGGUGAAUCUCGAAUUGAUGUUGAAAUCAACUGUAUAGCUGAGAAUGGUCUUCAGUUCCUUUUGGAGAGGGUGACCUACUGGAGUCUCAGACGCCUGCCACCUGACCCCCCUCCCUCCCCUCCGCUAUCACGCAAACACAGUCGUCAGGGCAGUAGUACACAGCGGAAACUCACAGAGUCACCCCUUCCUAGACAGAAGAGCUCCCUCUGGGACAGAGAGGUCAGCGACCUCAUUAGGGUUCUGAAAGAAGAGAACUCGCGUGAUGACUCUGAAGAGGAAGUGGAGGGUAUUGUGGGAUACAGGCCUUACAGGAAGGAAAAGAAAAAAGUAAGAAAAUUGCAUUUUGAGUUUGCCACCUACAGACCAGGAAGUGAAAUGGGAGGGAGAAAAGGAGAGAGCAGUGCGGAGAGCGGACAGAAGAAGAGCGGACAGCAGAAGAACACACAGCAUCAGAAGGAGCAGAUGCCAGACAUUGAAGAGGAAGAGGAGGGAGAUCACGUAUUGGACUACUUGAUGAAGGAGCUCGCGGACAUUGUGGAUGCUUUUGAUCGCGAAGACUUCGAGGAAUGCAAACGGAGGGCCCAUGUUUGUCUACAGACAAUGUCCAACUACACCGAGGACGACAUCGCCGACAAGCGUGACGUCGUGGCCAGGGUACACAGUAUCCUUGGUAACACUCACCUGGAACUAGGUGAAUAUGAAGAAGCACAGGAACACCACGAGAAGGACCUGUCUAUUGGAGAAGAAUGCAAUAUUGACGAACCAGUGUCACGGGCUCUUGGAAACCUAGGUCGAGUAUUCGUCUAUAAGAAACAAUUCCACAAAGCACUAGGAGCAUUUGCAAGGAAGACGAAGCUCGUGGAGAGGCCGGUCGAGAGGGCGUGGCUGUUCCACGAGAUAGGGGACUGCUUCCUGAGUCUCAGCCAAUACGGCUACGCAAGGGAUUCUGGGAGGAAGUCUCUGCACGCAGCGGAGGAGGCAGAGCAUCAGCUGUACCAGCUUCAGGCCUGCGUCCUCAUCGGGGUUGCACAAGUGAAACUGAGGGUAUACAGCGAUGCUUAUGUUCUCUUUGAACGGGCGCUGGACCUUGCCAAACUAGAAGGUGAUCGUGACUCCCAACGGAUGAUAACACAAGCCCUGGGUGAGGUGAAUACCCGGAUGUCAGAAGUGGCUAAGAAACGAGGUCAGAACAGAAAGGGGUCAACAGACAGUGGUCAAAGUGCUCACGCUACUAGUAAUGUACUAGGAAACGAUAGCAGAGAAGAAGCAGGAGGGAACACGAAAAUGAUUAGCCCCGCACUUCUUGACGACAGCAGAGAAGAAGAAACACAGCAGACAGAAAAGAUGGACCCUACCCGUGCAGACGACAGAGAAGAAGAAAAAGCGCAGACGAAAAAGACUGACCGUACGCCAGCAGACGACAGAGAAGAAGAAAGGGAUCAAAUGAAAACUGUUUACCCUACACCGACAGACGAUACCAGAGUCGAAGCGAACAAUCCACAGCCAGAAGACACACAGGAGGGUCAGCAGUCACUGGUAAAGGUGCAAGAACACCCCGAUGACACACAAGAAGACCUCCCCCGCGAAGUGACAACAGGUGGAGCUGUGGUUAAUGUGGCAGAGAGUGAUACUGAAGCUGGUGAUCAUCAGGGCACAUCUGUCGGGGAAGAUGACAGUGAUGUGACAGAGACAGACUCCGAGACAGCAAGUGACAGUACAACUGUGAGGGGCGACAAUGAUAAUGACACUUACCAAGGUGAGCGUCGAUCCCGAGCCUAGACCGGACGACCUUUGGUAGCGGGGUGAUGGCAGGACUUACAAAUGUCAUUGUCUGUAAUCCACGACUUUCUACGAAAGUGACUCAAUGCAACUUCGGAUAUGCGUUUUUUAUUUACAUUCAUUUGACGUACAAUAAAGGAUCUACUUGUACCCAC